ACAGUUCGUUGAGCUUCCGUGCGCAAUAUCGUGAGAACUCAUCGAAGAGAAGCUAGCGACCUCGAGACGUCUGCAGAGUAACCUUUUUCUUCCGUCGCAACGCGUGAUGGUUACCGAUUGUGGCUAACCCUCUGAUCCAUCUGCAACGAUCACAAAAGCAAGGGUUGUUGCAGUUUUGUUGUAGCUAGCUACAGCUGCACGGCACCCCCCUGGAGGUAAGAAAAUAGCUAACCUUGCUAGUACCGGAGUUUAGCUAGCUAGUGGUCUUGCUAUGCAAGGACAUGAACAAGCAAGCUACUAGGUAUACUUGGAUAGACACUUGGGACUGCUCUUUGCAUCCACAGAGUAGUAUUUGUGACAUAGGGGUACUGCUUUUCCCUGGAUCUGCAUGAUCAACCUUCUGCAUGCAGAAUACCUACAUUAAUUACCCCUUAGAACAAUAUAAGUUAUACUCUUCUUGUUGUCAUUAGAAUACAAUUGUUUGUUAGCUAUCCUACAGAGAGGUUUAUAUAUAAUUGAGUCAUGUAUGAUGACUUAAGAUGAUAUGGGUGAUAAAACUUCAGUAAUUUGCCAUAACAGGGAUCUCUACGUCAUAGCAGCAUGACAUCAUCUGAUUUCUAAUUAUUGCGCUGCAGUAUACGGCCAUUUUGCUAUAUAGCUGGCAGCGACUACACGUGUAAAACAUACGAUACAAUGGUUUUGAAACCCUGCAGACUCCUGCUUUUGGUACAUCCGUUUCUGUUGUUUCAUUCAGUGUCCAUAGCAGAAAAUGGUAUUGUUAAAGGUGCUGUGUAUGUUAAUGGCCACUGUGGGGAAAAGGUUUCCCAUAUAUUGGAGAUAUCUGGGGCAGUGGGAGGUGAAAUGGCUUCUGCAGAUGAAACAAUUAGUUUCACGAGUCAACAGAAGAGCAUGGUAGUAGGAAUAUUUGGGGUGGUUUUUGAGGAAACUCAAAUCUACAACAACGGAACACAAUGCAACUAUACGAUGACCAUAACUAUUGAGAUAGAAGGAGACCAACAACGGUGUCUCAUAAUAUCUGUUGGGGAGGAAUAUUAUGUCUGCACCAAUCUACUAUCACCACCCCUCUCUCUGGAGAGUAGUCCUGAUGGCGACUUAUUAAUCUUGACUAAUGUCAGCGUCAGCUGGUACGGCUCCAAUGUGACCCUCUCCUGUCCCGACUGCCGUAACACAGACUUAGUGACCUUGCCAACGAAUACAACAAUGGGCAACUUUGUGAUUCCUCUUUCGAAAGUGUUCAGCUCAACAAGUGACGAGCUUAUAGUUGCUGUGACUGUUACCAAUACGUGUGGAGAGAUAUGGAAUGGUACAUUAGAAAUAGGUUCAACAAGUGAGAGUACCACCACGAUCGAUGAACCACCUCGGGAUUCAGGACAUGCUACAUCUGUUACUCCUCUUUUCAGUCGAGUAUGUGUAAUUAUUGCACUAUCCAUCACUAUCCUUUUGUAAUAUGUAAUGUAACAUAAUACAAACUUCACACAUUACUGUAUUUAUCAACUGCCACUGUAAUGUGUUCUAAAUGCCGUGCAAUGAUUGUUGUAAUGUUGAUGUUGGUGAUUGAAUACAUUAUGUCUACAAUGAACACUAAAGAGUAACUAAGCACGUGGGUCUCGAGGGAGAGAGAAAGAACGGAAAU